CACACAUAUUCCAUUAAUAGUUAGUAAUUAAAAAAUCAUUAUCCUUUGUGUAGGUAUAAAAUAUCCCCAUAGUCUGCAUUAUAAUUAUCCAAUAAAAGUUCAUUCUUUGGUCAACUGCGGAAACGCGCUUUGUAUUUUAACGUUAUUCGUGAAAAAAUUGUUUUGGUUGUAUUUAUCAGUUUAAAAAUUCCAAAAACGUAAAUGUCGCUUUUCUUAAGUGCAAAUGUGUAAGUACAAAUUAAAUUUUCACGGCACGUUUCGGUAAUAUGUAGAGGACCUCAUUUUGGGGUUAAGGCAUUGACAUUUUUGGAAAAUUAUACUUCUAAUAGAUAAAACAGUUCUUAUAAAAUGCAUUUACCUUUGAGAAAAGUUUUUAAACUGCAUAGAGCCCACGACAAAUUUAAAAAUUCCAGAAGCGCAAAAUUUUUGAACUUAUUGUUCGCAUGUCCCCCUUCAAGUUUUUGUUCUUCCAUUCGCAUCCACAUGACGUUCUAAAUGCGAUGUUCUUUCCUGCGUUUGUUGUAGUUGGUCUGCAUAUUUCUGCAGCAUUUUUUGCAGGAGUUGUGCUUGUAACGCAAUCUCCCGCGCUGCAGCAAUUGGAAGAGCCGAAGUGGACGGGAUCUCGGGUGUGUACAUGAAAAUCUAAAGCCUGCCACAAACACAGAGACAUGUCCGCGUGCAUUAACGCGCGUUCCUAAACUCGCGUGCAUUGAAUGAACAUACUUGAUGUCCACAAACACAAGGAGAUGUUUGUGUAGUUCUCCAGUUCAAAAAAUGGCUUCAUACAAUGAAGAGCAGUUUUGUGUUAUGGCAGUGGCGUACGCGUUAAAAAAAAAACAGUUACAUUUACAACGGAAAAAAAGAAAAGCAAGGAGUAAAUGGGUGAAGGAAUGGCUAUUAAAAAGAAAUCAGUUCUCCCAUAUACAUUUAUUAGAAGAGUUGCGAUUGGAAGUAGACGACUGGCGGAAUUACCUGCGAAUGGAUGAAAGCUGUUACGUAGAGCUUCUAGAUCUAGUGACGCCAUUAAUCGAAAAACAAGAUACUACUAUGAGACCUGCUAUAUCGGCCCAUGAACGUUUAACGGCUACACUUCGAUUUUUGGCCACCGGUAGGAAUUAUGCAGAUUUAAAAUUUACGACCAUUAUUUCACCCCAAUCUCUGGGACAAAUAAUUCCUGAGUGUUGCAGUGCGAUUUACCGAGUACUUUGUCAGAAAUAUCUGAAGUUUCCAUCAACAGAAGACGAGUGGCUGAAAAUUGCCGAAGACUUCGAUAAAACGACCAAUUUCCCUAAUUUGUUAGGAGCGGUUGAUGGAAAACACGUCCGUAUAAUUCCACCUCGCGGAAGUGGAUCUUAUUUUUUCAAUUAUAAGGGUGAACAUAGUUUGGUACUUAUGGCGGUAGUAAACUCCAAUUAUGAAUUUAUCAUGAUUGAUUUUGGAGUAAAUGGACGGAUAUCAGAUGGAGGUGUUAUAGAAUAUACAAAGUUCUAUGACAAACUUAAAAAUGGAACACUAUGCUUGCCACCUCCAAGAAGUCUCAAAAAUACUAAUCACAGUUUUCCAUUUAUAUUUGUAGGAGACGAAGCAUUCACUCUACGGCCAGAUUUCUUAAAGCCAUUCAAUCAAAGAGAGUUAGACCAUGAUAAAAAAAUAUUUAAUUACCGACUAUCGCGAGCGAGAUGCAGAGUGGAAAAUACGUUUGGAAUCAUGUCAGCUCGAUUCAGAAUAUUUCACACAGCAAUUGGCAUUAAUUUAAAAGCUAUUGAAAGGGUAGUAAUGGCUUGUUGCGUUCUACAUAAUUUUUUAAGAAGAAAAUAUGCAAGUUUAUACACGCCUGAUAAUUACUGUUUUGACUGAGCUUGGGUUACAAUGCAAUAUGAACAAUUUACAGCGAAGCUACAAUAGACACAGUAAUAAUACUGCAAAAGAAGUAAGACAGUUAUUUAUGGAUUAUUUUAAUCAAAAUAGUGCUGUAUCAUUCUUCAUUAUCGCAGUUUACUUCUAUGUUUGUUACAUAUUGCCGUGGAAGUUCUUGGUCUUUAAUAAACAGCAACAGUUCGUAGUACCAUAAAUUUGGGACAUACACAUCAUCUGCGCCUGCCCCUGAUCGUUUUGAAUUUAAAACUUUUUUCAUUUCUCGGCGAAACCCUCCGCGGAGAGUAUUUAUUUUUGUUUUCACUGCUUCUUUUGUAGCGUUUUCCUCCACUUCUUUUAGUUUUUCCGUUAAAAUUUUAUAAGCGUCAUUUUUUAAAUUUCUAUCCAUAUAUUCUUUGGAUUUGGUCUUCCAGAGACACGGAAAUGAUUGAUACAGAAGAAUGAAUUCCGUCAGAAAUUCCUUCGUAAUACCUCUUAAAUCGCUCAUUGUACGGUUUUGAAGAUAGACUAAAAGAAGAUUAAAAAAUGCGCUGCACCACACUGACUGAUAUCUCUCAGUAAGCAUAAAUUUUCGCCACACAUUGACAUUCAUCAACGCGCGUUUAUGGUUGCGCGUGCAUGUUUUCAAGUAAUAACGGAAGACAUGAAUGAGCAACGUUCAAGGGCGCGCGCGUGCAAAUUAUCGCCACAGACGAGCGUACAUCAACGCACGUUAUGGCACGCGGACAUGUCUCUGUGUUUGUGGCAGGCUUUAUGCCAGUUUCAAAAUUUGGUUUUGCGCAUGCGCAGUGCCAACUUUUUUUUAUCUAUGGAAGCAU